AAAUUUUUAUCAUCGUCGUCAAGUCCAAUAAAUCAACUCUCUAACACAAGAACACAGUUUUUGAAAAUUACUUAUCAUCUUCUUCAUAUUUUAUUUACUAUAUAGUUUUUUCAAUUUUGUACAUUUCAAUCUUCUUUUUAAUUUUCAACCAUACCCAUCUACUCAAAAUCUUAAAAGAUUUAAAAUUUCAGCUUAGAAAUCAAUCUCCAUGGAAAAAAAGAACUGGAAAUUUAGUAGAUUUGGAGUUCUGAUACUGUUCUUGCUCUGCCAGAACUUGAUUUUAUGUUACUCUCUGCAUGAUGAAGGGUUAGCUUUGUUGAAGUUUAAAGAGAAAAUAAAGAGUGAUCCUUUUGGUGGUUUAAAGAACUGGAAAAAUGAUAAAGAUGGAGUCUUGGAUCAUUGUUCUUGGUUUGGAGUUGAAUGUUCUGAAGGCAAAGUUAUUAUGUUGAACUUAAAAGAUCUUUGUCUUGGAGGAACACUAGCAUCCGAUCUAAGAAACCUUGUGCAUAUAAAGUCUAUUAUUCUGCGGAACAAUUCUUUUACGGGUAUUAUUCCGGAAGGCAUUGGAGAAAUGAAGGAGUUGGAGAUGCUAGAUUUUGGCCACAACAACUUCAACGCCCCGCUGCCACACGAUCUUGUCGAUAAUCUGUCUUUAACAAUACUUCUGCUGGACAACAAUAGGCUUCUAGUUGACUUGUCACCUGAAAUUCAUCAACUGAAGACACUUUCUGAAUUUCAAGCAGAUGAAAACCAUCUUUCUAAUGCAGCUAAAGGAUCCUCUCGCAAUAUGGGAUCUUUUACAUGGAAUGAUGCGCAAACGGAAAGUACAAUUUCCAGGCGACAGCUGCAACAAGUAAGUGCCCGUCACGAGUCACCGUACUUACGAGGCCGUUUUUUCCUUCCGGUACCAUCACCUUCUGAAUUUAUAAAUGAUCCACCGAUAGCUCAACCACCACCUCCAUCUCUAAAUGAGCCACCUAUAGUUGUACCGUCACCAGCUGCACCUUCACCUUCAAACUCUGAUGUAAAUGCUACUCUUCCAUCACCUCAACACCAGCCAAAUGCCUCCUCUCCUUCUCCAAAUGCUUCUACUUCAAAUCCGUUAUUAGUUCCACCUCCUCCAUUGUCCACAAAUAGUCCUAAAAAAUCAUCAUCAUCAAAUCAUGGUGCAAAAAUUGGUGGAGCCAUAGGAGGCGCCUUAUUUCUCGUCUUUGCCAUUGGUGGCAUCUACUACUGUAAAUUUAAUAAGGCUACUGUCAAACCUUGGGCCACAGGAUUGAGUGGACAGCUUCAGAAAGCAUUUAUAACCGAGUUCAUUCCAGGUGUACCAAAGCUCAAGAGGUCAGAGCUUGAAGCCGGUUGUGAAGAUUUUAGUAACGUAAUUGGUUCGUCACCUAUUGGAACACUGUAUAAAGGAACAUUGUCCAGUGGAGUAGAAAUAGCUGUAGCCUCUGUUGCAGUAACAUCUUCCAAGGAUUGGCCAAAGAACUUAGAAGUUCACUUCAGAAAGAAGAUUGAGACAUUAUCAAAAGUGAACCACAAGAAUUUCAUCAACCUUAUUGGAUACUGUGAAGAGAAUGAGCCUUUUACGAGAAUGCUGGUUUUUGAAUAUGCUCCAAAUGGGACACUUUUCGAGCAUUUACACAUUAAAGAAUCGGAGCAUCUCGACUGGGGAAUGCGGCUAAGGAUUGCAAUGGGCAUGGCAUACUGCCUCGAGCAUAUGCACCAGCUAGACCCUCCAAUAACUCACAACAAUCUGACAUCUUCAGCUGUCUCUCUCACCGAAGAUUACGCGUCGAAAAUAUCAGAUUUCAGUUUUUCGAACGUCAUAACUGCAACUGAAAUGGAGGGAACAAGCAAGUUCUUAGAUGCUCCGACAGCACUUCCAGAAAGUAACGUCUAUAGCUUCGGAGUGCUAUUAUUCGAAAUGGUAACAGGUCGACUACCGUACUCGGUAGACAAUAACUCACUUGAAGAUUGGGCAGCAGACUAUUUGAGAGGAGAUCAACCCCUUAAAGACAUGGUUGAUCCUACGCUCGACUCCUUCGAAGACGAGAAGCUCGAGAGUAUUGGCAAUUUGAUAAAAUCUUGCGUGAAACCGGACCCAAAACAUAGACCACUAAUGGGAGAAGUCAGUGCAAGAUUAAAGGAGAUUACAGGACUAAACCAUGACGCAGUGAUCCCGAAACUAUCUCCUCUUUGGUGGGCAGAGCUUGAAAUUUUGUCGACAGAUGCUGUCUAAAGUAUAUACUGAAUAUGAAGACAUAAUUGUAAGUAUGAGCUAGCCCAUGUUUCUCAUUGUUUACAAUGAAUGUGAAGAAGUUAGUUGUUGCCUAUAAGUUUAUACUACUUGUGUAUCUGUCAUAGGCAAAAUUUAAAGUUGCUUGUAUAUAUAAUCUAGCAAUGAAGGUUCCUUUCGCCCCUCCAACUCGGCACAAAAGAUCAAAAGUAACGGAAUUGAUGGUUUUGGACGAAUUAACUCAAACUUGGUAAAAUUGGAUCAUUUAGUCCCUCAUUUGUAAACUCACGUGCUCGCUGUUAUUUCGGGAAAAUGAUCCAACUUUACCAAGUUGUGGGUUUAUUUGUCCAAAACUACCAAUUUAGAUAUGUUUUUAUCUUUAUGUCAAGUUUGAGGGGGUGAAAUGAACUUUGUUGUAUGAUCUAGAGAAAGGGUGAAAAUCUAGCAAAUCCUUUUUACUCCUUUUUGUUUAUUUUUUUGGUUUGGAAUUUGAUUCUGAAAGGCACCAGAAAAAAGCACAUUUACAUAUCAUGUUGUUCA